AUGUCUUCCCAACACUCUGCUGCCAACUCUCUUCCUCAUGAAGAACAAAGCCCUCUUACUGAAGUUGGUAUUCCCUCUCCCAUUCUGAGUGAACAGACACAUCUCACGAAAAUUGGUGACAUUUCUCCUCUUCUUGGAUCCACCGCUCUUUCCAUCAAUGGUAAUAUUGAAAUGAUAUACACUAGUCUUGAUUCCUUGCCACCUCUUUCAGUUGUUGGUUCUGUUCCUCCUACUCUUGUGCCUACCGUCCCAUCAGCCAUUAAUAGCAACACUAGUAGUUCCAUCACUUUGGAAAUGUUGUUAGCUUCUGCGAAGAAAGACCUUAGCAUAAAGAAGAACAACUUUUAUGUGGCUUAUGCUAACUAUGUGUCUCUUUCGAAGGUCAACCCCAUGUCAGACGCGGUCAGACAUGCUUCUUCCAUUAAGAGGGAAGCUCAAGAAUUGUUUGAGGAUGCCCAGAAGACCCUCAAGGUGCUUGAAAAAGCCAACGCCCCUCCUGCUAUUCUUGAAGACAAGAAGAGCAUGGUAGUCCCUAGCAACUUACCUUUCUUGCAGCUCUGCACAGAAACCAGGGUGAAGCACAAUCGUGACGUGUUUGACUCUGUGUACGAUUUUUGCCAAGAAUUCACUAUGGUCUUGGAGUCUUAUUCCCUGUCCUUGGACUUGUGCUGGAAGCGUCUGCUUCCCAUAUGCCUGAACAAGGAGGAAAGAUCCUGGUUUGAAGACAAACUAAAGGGAAAGGCAUACAAGUGGAAGAAGACAGAAGGGAUUCUGCUGGAUCACUAUGAUACUCCUUUCAGAAGAUUUCUGAACAUGGGUCGUGUGUGGAAAAUGAUGCAGAAGAAAGGUGAGUCAGUUCGUGCGUUUGGAGCUAAAUUUCAAACAGCUAGAAGACAAGCGUCCUUGGAGAAUGGUAUCCAGAUAGUUCUUUGUUUCUGGUGGAACUUGCACCCGGAAGUCCGGGAAGCAAGCCUGAUCCCAUUGUCAGCCAACUAUGGCACCAAACUGCCCUCCAAAGUGGAGAAUAUAAUCUCAUUAGUCAGUGUAGCCACUAGCAAUUCCACGGCCCUACUCAACCAACCUGCAGAGUGUGGCACCCCUGCCAAAUGGAAGUCAUUUGCCGAUGCCUAUAGUAUCUCCUCUUCGAUAAGUCACAAGGGAAAGAAGAGAGCUAUUGCCAGGGACAACGAUCCUAAGCACGCUAAGAAGUCUUGGAAUUUUAAGAAGGCAAUCAAAGAUAAUGUGUCAAGAAUGGCUGUGCGCUCACCUGCUGAUAGAUCAGUAGCUUCCCCCCCUGCUUGUGGUGGUUUCCCCCCUUCUCGUGAUAGUCAUUUCUCUGUUCGUGGCAACUCUUCCCCUGCUAGUAGUUCCUCAACGUCGUGGUCAAUGGACCAAGAUAACACAAGUGCUUUGGCCAAGAUGAUCUUGAAUUCAAUACACAUAUUAAAAGAAUUGGCACUUGUGUGUAUUGGUACUGAUUAUAUGUCCACUCUGGGUAUUGAUAUUUAUGGUUUACCUCUAUCAUAUGAUGAUGCUGAUUCAAGUGAAGAACGUAGAGAAGCUGAUAGAUGCUUCAAUAACAAAAGUGAUCUUCUUGAAUCCCUAGAGAGAGAAUGA